AACAACAUGGCGGAUUCUUGUCGUCCUGCUAGUCGUCAUGGAGGGAGGUACAGCGCAAAUCAUGACCGUGCGGACGUUCAAUACUCUGACAAUCUUCCUUCUUACUCUACAGUGGAAUACAGAAAUGUUGACGAAAUGUAUCGACAAAAGCACAGUCCUGUCCUAAUGGAAAGAACAAUUGAACGUCCAAAAACUGGACGAGGCUAUAGACGAAUUCGACCGCAAUCUCGUGGAGGUAGAGAAGAAAUUUUUGAUGAAACAAAAACUGGAAGACCUACUUCAAGAGUAGGAUUUAGACCUGAUACAUAUGAUAGGCAUGACUAUGAUGAAUUUUCAAGACAAGAACCAAGAGUUGUUUCUGAUAGUAGUGAUUCAGAAAAUUCCUCACCAGGGGGAGGUAAUAAUUCUCCAAUUGGAAACAGUCCAUCACAAAAGAUGUCACCUCAUCAAAUGUCUGUAUCUCCAGUAGAAGAAUAUUUAUCUGCUCAGUCACCCUCAGCAUUUAGAUUGUUAUCUCGAGAAACUGUUCAUCAGAGAAGUCCUCUUGGAAGUCCAUACCAAAGAGAAACAAAUCAGAGGAGUCCAUUAAGUAGUCCUUAUCAUGGAGAUACUGGACUUCAGAAAAGUCCCCUAGGAAGUCCGUACCACAGUCAUCGACCAGCUAGAAGACAACAACAACAACAACCUGAUUAUGCAAAUGAGGAACAAGUUUUUGACUUUGACGGCAAUUCAUAUGACAAAAGAUACGAGACUCCCUUGUCUUAUUCAGGAAAUGAACAAUAUCAGUACACUGAUACUCAGCCUCAGGACAGCCAAUCAUAUGGUGAUUAUGGGGUUUCCUCAGAAAAUCCACCAGAUGGGUAUGCCCCAAUUUUAAGUGGUAAAAAUAGAUACAAAUAUGGACAUUAUCAGCAUGUGGAUAAUUCAGAUACAUACCAGUCAGAUGUCAUGCCUGUUCAUGAGGAGCCUCAAACUCCUAGACCCUCAUCUUCUAGACCACGGUCCUCUAGACCAAAGUCUGCAAGGAAGAGACCACAAAGUGGUAGAAAACGGCAGGAAGAGCAAUAUGUUAAUGACGAUGCUUACAGCCAGGCUACUGACUCAACAGUGGUACGACCUCACUCUUCAUUCUUACGCUACAAACCACUUCCUGCAAUAGGAGCUAAUGAAAUAAUGUCCAAUCAGGAAAGAGCUGAUGAACUUGCCGAACAAACAAAACAGUUGCAUUUACACGAGCAGCAGAGAUCAGGAUCUGCUGCUAGUAGAGGCUCUGGAUCAUUUACUCAACAGCCAUUUUCAUCAGCUAAAGACAUAUUAAACAGUGGUCCGAAUAAUCUGCAACAUUCGUCAGAUCAUGAUGAUUCAGGUGCUAAGGAAGACAAAGAUCAAGAAAAUAGUUUUUCACAUUUCAGACCUCAUAAAUUGUCCGACGAACCGGGAGAUAACGAAGAAAGACUGUUAUUGGCUGUCAAACUUCCAGAUGGUAAACGGGUCCAGCGGCAUUUCCGCAUCGCUGAAAAGUUAGAGUCGGUGAAACAAUACGCUGAAAAUGUUCUAUGUUCUGAUUUGUCACAGUAUACUUUGUCUUGUAAUGCACCAAAAGCUGUUUUUACGGACUUGUCACAGCUGAUUGGUGAAGCAGGGUUGCAAGAUAGGACUUUGCUUUUAUUAGUAGAAAGAUAAGACUUAAGUUCUUUUUAAAACAAAAUAUAUAGUAUUUGGGUCAAAAUUUAGUUGUUUAUAAGGAUUAUGAAUCUCAUAUCUUUAUUUAUUGCCUGUCAGAAUAUUUUGAUUUUGAUGACAGUAAAUUGCAAAAAGUGUUUGUUUCAUCAAAUCUUCAAUUCAUCUAUUAAAUUGGCAUUAGAUAAUUAUUCUGCCCUAUUUAUAUAAGCAUGAACAAGUGUAAAAUUUUAAAUAACAUGUUCUACAAAGACUAUGCCUAUGUUGUCUAAAAUACAUUUCUGUAUUUAUGGAAGAAUUCUUCAGUUAUCAAUAAAUUUUGAUACACUGCAGAAACUUUAAUGAAUGAGGAGUCUCCUUUAUUCUUUAGAAGUACAACACUCUGAUAAUUAUAUAUUAAAAAUGAAAAUAAUCUGUUAUGAUGAUAACUUUAAAUUUGAAAUAUUUAAAGCUGUUUUGUUGCUUUUUGAUUGAACCCUUACUUGAUUUUAAAACUAUUUUCGAGUUUUUUGAAAAUUAGUACAUCAUCCUUUCAAGGAUGUUUUCCAGAGAGAUGCUGUACUCAAAGAAUGAAAGAAAUUUAUUUAACUUUCAUGAUUCAUUGGUAAAUGUUCAGUUUUGUGAUUAACUUCGUUUCUGGUAUACUAAAAGCAAUAGGUAAACUAUUUUUGUACGGUGAUUGUAAGGUAUACAUGUCCAUCUGUCAAAGUUGAUAAGACAUUUACCUCAUUUUCAUGGAUCAUUGAUCAUGUUAGGUUUAUGUGAUAUCUUUAGUAAAAAUUUGAAUCGUGAUCAAUAAAGCAGGCCAAACAUUUCAGCUUGUUUACUCUUGUUCAGUUUCAACAGAGUAUGUUUUGUUUUAAAUAAACCCUUUAUUCCUUUUUUUUUUGCAUUUGACAAUAAUAAACUGCAUUACCAAAGAUACAGCAUAUAGACAUUGACACUUAUCAUGCAUAGCCUUAUAUAUAUUUUCUUUUUUGGGGCGAAAUUUAUACACAAUAUAUUGUGUUUCAUAGUAAAAAUGUAGCAGAUUUACAUAUGAGCUGGGUUGGAUAGAAAUCGACCAUAUGCAAAUGAAUAUCAAUACAUCUGUUAAUUUAUUUCUGCUUGAAAAAAUAUCUACAGAAAGUCUGUAACUUUUUGAAAAUUGCUACAAAAACAGUCCAACAUUCAUCUUUUAUUUUGUAUUCGAAUGUUCCAAAAUCAAUCAAAGUCUUAUACAUGUACAUGUAUUCGUGCACUUGCAUAAGGUUUAUUUCUAUCUGAUGCAGCUAAUAUGUAUUUUAAAAUGUACAAGCAAAUAUUUUCUGGGUAAUUUUUAUAUGAAGUUUGAAAUAAAAAUUAUAUUCAGUUUUUAUGGACUUCCCCUUUUUGAAUGUAACUUGGAGUUAGGGUUUUGUUAUACUUUUUUACUACUUGUAAAAUUCAGAAUUUUGUUGAUUUUAUUUUGUUUUAUUUAACACAUUGACAAAUACUUUUUGGUACAUAUUGCUUAUGAACUGUGUAAAAGAGUCAAACAUUUUUUUUAAAAUCUCUUGGACUAAACUACCUUAACAAGUUAGUCUGUUAACAGCCUGCAGUUUUUACUGUGUCGUUCAUGUAAUAGCCCAUCAUAAAAGUCUUUUAAUUAGGACUCCGGGUGAUUCAAUGCUUGCCAUAUUUUAAUUUUGUAGACAACUGUCUAUUGUUUAAGACCAUAUCUUGACUAUUAUAUGUUUUUUUGGGGUUUUUUUUUGGUCAUGGGUUGCUGUCUAAUUGACCUUUACCCCACAUCUACUUUUAUUCAUACAUAAAUUAAAACAAAUUUUUAUUGGUGCAGGAAGCUGAAGUGUUUGAAGAGAACCACAAUCGAAAUCAAACGCACCUGCCACAUGCAGGGUUCAAACUCACAACCUCAGUGUUGAUUGGCUAGUGAUACUGUAGUUGAACUACUUAGACCACUAGGCCACUGAGGCCCCUUGUAUAUUAAAGUAAUUGCUUGUAAUAUAGAAGAAACAUAUUCUAGAUUUUGUCUUGAUUUAACAAAUACUGAAAGUAAAUCUUUGGUCACAGAAGUAAAAUUUCCUCAAAAUUUACAUAAAAAAAAUCUUUUGAGGACAAAUAUAUAUUUAUUUUAACAGACAAAUAAAAACAUUUUCAAUAAACUUUAAUGAACAUGAAUUUUUUUUAUUUAGGUUAAAGGAGUUGUGAUUGAUUGAUUGUUGGUUUUUAACACCACUUUCAGCACACUUAGUACAUAUUUUAUGUGUGCUACUGACCUUCAGCUAAAAGGAGUUGUGGGAUAGAGGUCAAAGGGAGAGAGAGCAACCAUACAAAACAACAAGAUCAGAAAAAAGAUAUCUAGUGGUCAACAUACUGUAUACUUAUUCAUGGUGGGCAGUAUAUUUUUUAUACAUUAAACAGCCAUCCGUCAUCAUAUAUUUUUAUAUGGUCAUUUGAUACAAUGAAAUGUGAUAUAUUUGUUUAUCUGUGAUAUUGUUGUCGAUUUACUUUUGUAUGAUUUUUUUUAAGGUUCUUUUUGCCAUUAUUCAUUUUUACUUGUGCAUUGUUAGAUAAUUUUCAAGGAAAACUACUGUAUACCAGUUAAACAGAUUUAAUGAUUUGUUGACAAAUCGUCAAUUUAAGAAAGUGAAUUUGGUGAUUUCUGUCAUAAUUUUAUUUGCUGAAACAAUGUCUCAGUGCUUAAAUCAUCCGAUUCCCUUAAUCUUUUUUUAUAUAGAUCUUUUGUUGAAUCUCAAAUAGGCUGGUACUCUAAUAAAUUUUGUUUUCUAGAAGUCAGAGUAGUCAUCUAUAGAAAAUAUUUUUGAUUUUUCAAAAGUUGGUAGAACAAUAAAACUUUGAUUUGACAAAAUUUGUAGUUUUCAUCCCAGAUUUUGAGUUAAUUUACUUCAAAAACAGACUUAAUAUAUCAGUAUUUGUCAUUAACUUGAGAGCUUAGUAUAGCAAUACCUUACCUAGUAAGAAACCCCUAUCAUUAGAGGCAAUUGGGUUAAUGUUAAACCAAAAAGCAGCUACAGAUUUUUUGAAAAUAAUAUAUAUUGUUUUCAGAUAUUUGUUAUGCUCCCAGGCAUUAAGUGUUACCCUUGACUGUCCUUCCAUCUGUCUGUCAAUCAGUCCUUCCUUUCUUCCAUUUUCGUUUCUGCACUCUUAAGUUUGCCUCAUCCAAAUUCUAUGAAACUCAUACAUAAUGCUAAGAACCAAGUCUUGCAGACAGAGUUCAAAUUUUGGGCUGUGAGUCACUUAUCGUUGUAUAGUUAUGCCCUCCUUUUAACUUGGAAAAUUGCAAAGCUUGAGCGGGGGCAUUCAUGUCCUCCGACACAUUCUUUUAUUUUUACCAUACAUACCCAAAAAAAUUCAUGAAGCCAGUUACCCUUCUCUUUAUGAAAACUGGUGUACAGUAGCUCCCAUUUAUAGUAUGUUACUGCAUAUUUAUGUGUAUAACUACCAUUUGUAAAUUUAUAGCAUUUUAUUCAUUAUACAAAUGUCAAAGUGUUUGUAUAUGUGUAUACACAAAGGUCAAAUUGUUUGUAUAUGUGGUAUGUGAUACUCGAUAGAAUUAACAGCAAUCUAAAGGAAUAACCAUUUAACCUUCUUAGGAUGAUAGAAUACAUUUUACCAUGUAAGAUUUUCAACCCCACAAAAGGUUAAAUGUACAGUCAUUAAAAAUAAAAGUUUUCAGACGUUUUUUUUUUUUUUCACUGAUAUAAAAAAUUAUAAUUAUAGAAAAUCCAUUUCUUUUUUAAGAUUGACAUCGUACAUCAAAAAGUGGCAGUGUAAAAAAAAUGUUGUCUCAUCAUAAGAUGCUUCUACAGAGAGAAAAACUGAAUUUAUAAGUAACUUCAAGCUUAAUAUUUGCCAUUGUUAUGUGAAAAUUUAGAUAACGGUCGUUUAAUUUUAGAAAAAAUACUAAGUCCCCUUAAAGUUGAAUGGUUAUUUCUAAAAUGAUUGUUAGUUGUGCCAUAUUUUUGUUAUUGAAGUGAUUCACUAGUUAAUUUUGAUAGAUCACAAAGCUUUAAAUAAACAGAAAAGAUAAAUCAG